AUGGCGGAAGGCAAGAAGACGGACGACUACACCGUUGAGAUGAGCAAGCUGGAUCAGGGCUCGAAGAAUUUCGAGCCCGCCUCGGUCCCUGCGCCUAGGAGCAGUUUCUCCAGCAGCUCCCUGGCCAACAAUCCGAUUCUCCCAGUGCUCGCCUACUGUGGGUCGUCGAUUUUGAUGACCGUGAUGAACAAAUAUGUUUUGUCGGGCUUGGACUUCAACCUGAAUUUUUUCUUGCUUUGUGUUCAGAACCUGACCAUUAUUCUUAUCGCCUACGGCGAGGUCCUUUGGUUUGGGGGCUCGGUCACCGGCCUUACCCUCUUCUCCUUUGGUCUCAUGGUCCUCAGUUCCAUCAUCGCAGCGUGGGCCGACAUUAAACAUGCCGUCGAGACCAGCAUUGAUGCGACCGCAAAGGUCUCCACUCUGAAUGCCGGUUAUAUCUGGAUGUUGAUUAACUGUCUCUGCACCUCGUCAUAUGUCCUCGGCAUGCGGAAGCGGAUCAAGUUGACGAACUUCAAGGAUUUCGAUACCAUGUUCUACAACAACCUCCUUUCUAUCCCUGUCCUUAUCGUUUUUAGCCUCGUUGUCGAAGACUGGUCCAGCGAAAACGUCAACCGGAAUUUCCCCCCUGCCGACCGCACCAAUAUUUUCAUGGCCAUGGUCCUCUCCGGUCUGUCGUCCGUCUUCAUCUCCUAUACUUCCGCGUGGUGUGUCCGUGUUACGUCGUCGACGACCUAUUCUAUGGUGGGAGCCUUGAACAAACUCCCUAUUGCGCUGUCUGGCCUUAUUUUCUUCGAUGCUCCCGUCACCGUUCCCAGUGUCUCCGCCAUCGUGGUUGGAUUUAUUAGCGGUGUUGUAUACGCAAUCGCCAAGGUCAAGCAAAACGCCAAGCCCAAGACUGGAAUCCUGCCCACCACGAACCCACCUGUCCCUGUCAGUGCGAGUAGCCAGAGUAUGAGAGACUCGCUGAGGUCGUGA